AUGCUCGAAACACUCAGCAACCUCCUCUUCGAUAUCCAAUACGGACCCCACAAGAGGAAAGUCACGGAGUAUCUCCGCAAUGCGACACAAGAGUCCGUCCUCGAAGACCUCCACCGCGCCCUAUCGCGACGGAUAAAUGAGAUCAAGGAUCCCCGGGGAGUGUUUGAUGCUUUUUGCGUUGAGGGGUCUGAUGGAUGGAAGUAUUGGACCCUCCAAAGCCUAACAUCGCACAUCCGACACAACCACCCAUCCACCACAUUCCCCUCCUCCACCGUCUCCCUCCUCUGGCGAACCUUCUACUUCCACGCCUACCACCCGUUCCCCUUCUCCUUUGCACCCACUCGCAACGAGACCAACCCCACAGACUCAGACUCAGACUCAGACUCCCGCCGAAUCAACGAACCCGCCUUCCAACGCGCCGUAGCGCUGCUCGUCCACCGCGGAACAGAGCUCUUAGGCACGCAGGAUGAGGACGAUUAUUUCUGGCGGGAUGAGGGGGAUUAUAGCAGGAGGGUUGGAGUGCGGGUGUUGAGGAGCAUUGGUCGGACAGGCUCCGUGUCUGAUUGUUCAUCAUCGGGGGAGAUAGGGUUAGAGAAAGAGAGAGGGCGGUCAGCUGAGGGAGAGGGUGAGACGGGCGUGGUAGAAGACGUGAUGGAUGUUCUGGCCACGACGCAGCCGUAUUCUGUGAAGGUGGCGCCGGACGGGCACGUGCUGGGUGCUGUUGCGAGGAGGUUACUGGGUUCGGGUCGGGGAUUGGAUCUGAAUGUGCCUAUUGUGCCGCUGGGGUGUUGUGUUACGGGGGAGGAUUUGGUGGCUUUGGUGGAGUUGGUGAGGCGGGUGAGAGUUUGGAGGUCUGACCAGAGGUCUUGGACUUGUUUUGGGGCGUUUGAAGAGGAGGGGCAGGGGAAGAGGAUGGGCACAGUUCUUGGUGGUGGGCUGGUUCGAAAUGGUGUGUAUUCGCUAUCUGAUGAACAUGAACUUGUUCUCCGAGUGCAGGAGCUGUUGCCAGAUCUAGAACUGAGAUUCCAUCAGCUUUGGGGCGUUUUGUUCCACCCAGAGAUGUUGCCAAAUGAUUCAUUGACGCGGGUGGCUGCUGAACAUCCUCAGGCGUCGCAUGAGGAAUGA